AUGCUAAAAAUGAUUAUCCCCACAAUUAUGCUCAUUCCUACAACUUGACUAACACCCGCAAAAUGGCUAUGACCCGCAACUCUUGCCCACAGCCUCCUUAUUGCCAUAGAUAGCACAACCUGACUAACCUGUCUAGCUGAAACCAGCUGAUCCACCCUUAACUCUUACGUAGCAGUUGACCCCAUCUCAAUCCCCCUCCUAAUACUGACCUGCUGACUACUACCACUCAUGAUUCUGGCAAGCCAAAACCACUUAGCCCUAGAACCUGCUAACCGACAACGAACUUACAUUUCCCUAUUGACCUCCCUACAAUUCUUCCUGAUCCUAGCAUUUAGCGCCACAGAAAUAGCUUUAUUUUACAUCGCAUUCGAAGCCACCCUCAUCCCCACCCUGAUUAUUAUUACUCGAUGAGGUAACCAAGCAGAACGCAUUACCGCAGGAGUUUACUUCCUAUUCUACACCCUAAUAGCCUCCCUCCCCCUACUUGUUGCCCUCCUCGUGCUCCAACACCAUGCAGGAUCUUUAUCAAUCCUAACAACACAAUUCCUGUACCCAACCUACUACACAUCCUACUCAAACAAACUAUGAUGGGCAGGAUGUAUCCUAGCCUUCUUAGUCAAACUCCCCCUUUAUGGAGUUCACUUAUGACUCCCAAAAGCACACGUAGAAGCCCCCGUUGCAGGUUCAAUGAUUCUUGCCGCCGUUCUUCUCAAACUAGGAGGUUAUGGGAUAAUGCGUAUAAUAGCCAUCUUAGACCCCCUCACUAAAGAACUAAGUUACCCCUUCAUCAUUUUUGCCCUAUGAGGCCUCGUCAUAAUAGGUUCAACCUGCCUUCGUCAAGCUGACCUAAAGUCCAUAAUUGCCUACUCAUCAGUAGCUCACAUAGGCCUCGUCGUAGCGGGGAUCUUAAUCCAAACCCAAUGAAGCUUCACCGGUGCACUCAUCCUCAUGAUCGCACACGGUCUGACAGCCUCCGCCCUAUUCUGCCUAGCCAAUACCAACUACGAACGCACUCACAGUUGAGUAAUACUACUGACACGAGGCCUACAAAUAGCCCUCCCACUAAUAACAGCAUGAUGAUUCCUCGCCACGCUCGCCAACCUAGCAUUACCCCCUCUACCCAACCUAAUAGCAGAGCUAAUAGUCCUUACCGCACUAUGCAACUGAUCUCCAUGGACAAUCCUAUUUACAGGGGCCGGUGUCCUAAUUACCGCAGCCUACUCCCUCUAUAUGUUCCUGUUGACACAACGAGGUCGCCUACCUCCCCAUAUCAAAUCCCUAGACCCCUCACACUCUCGAGAACACUUAGUUAUCGCACUCCACUUAACCCCUGUUACACUUCUAAUCUUCAAACCAGAACUAAUUUGAACCUGACUGAUCU